GGGACAGCCAUUUUGUUCACUUAGGGCACAGAACAAAGAAGUUUUUUUGAGGUCUUUAGGUGGGAGAGAUUUGAAAAAACAAAAAGAGCUAUGGAUGCUGGAAUGCGAGUUUUGACAAUUGUGGGCAUCGCGAUAUUCUGCCUUACCCAUGUUGCAUAUGCGGCUACAGGGACUGCUACAUAUUACACACCACCAUACGUUCCUUCUUCAUGCUAUGGCUAUCAAAACGAUGGUGUCAUGAUCGCCGCAGCAAGCGACGCAAUAUGGAACAAUAGGGCUGCGUGCGGGACGACGUACAAGGUUCGUUGCAUUGGUCCUACGAACCAGGGUGUUCCACACCCUUGCAAGGGUCAAAGCGUUGUGGUCAAGAUUGUGGACUACUGCCCACCAGGCUGCGCUGGAACCGUCGAUCUUUCUCAAGAAGCUUUCUCCGUGAUUGCUGACCCCAAUGCUGGAAAAAUCAACAUUGAAUAUACCCAAGAAAAAAAAAAUUAUACCCAAGAAACUCUUCUUCUCUUUUGCAACUAAAACCCUAUAGUUUUAGGAAGUUACAUUAAAGGCCCUCAUAAAACAAAUACUCAAAUAAUUUUAAAGUUUCCGGUAUGGAGUUGUCAAGACUGCAGAUUUUUAAUUGUUCUCUGUGAGACUCGCUAUCCAAUUUAAUAUUUUGACCAUGGAGUCUUGGUUAGUAAUACUUAGGACAUCGAGAAAUUAGAGAUACGAUUGGAAUAUCUUGAAUUGUAUCUGAAAAGAAAACAAUGUGGGAGUGUGAGCUAU